AUGCUAGCAGAGUCUGCUGGUUUCCCUGGAAACGGACCCAGGAGUGUUUUAAUUUCGUGCCCAUAAUGGAAGCGAGGCUGGUGGGGCCAGGGCCAUACAGAGCCACCCGCCUGUGGAAUGAGACCAUUGAACUAUUUCGAGAUGGAAUGCCAUUGCGGAAGCAUCGCUGUCACUUCAAAAGCUAUGAGCGCUGCUUCACUGCGUCCGAAGCAGUAGACUGGUUACAUGGACUGUUAAGGCACAACCAGAAUUUUGGUCCAGAAGUAACACGAACUCAGACGGUUCAGCUCCUUAAGAAAUUCUUGAAGAAUCACGUGAUUGAAGAUAUCAAAGGAAGAUGGGGGACAGAAGAUUUUGAAGACAGUGGUCACUUAUAUAGAUUUCCUCCUUUCUCACCACUGAAACCAUAUCCUAAACAAUUUUCUUAUCGAAAAGAAAUUGUGAAAUUCCCAAAUUGGGAUGAUCUAGAAAGAGAUACUUUCCGAGAACACAUCCCAGUAAAGCCCAUCGUAUUGAAUUCAGAAAUGUGGUUCAAACGUCACAGUAUAGCAAUUGGAGAAGUACCAACAUGCAAACUCAUACAUCGGCGACAAUUAACAGAAGCAAAUCUAGAAGCAAUAUGGAAAUCCAUGACAUUGUCACACUUGCAGAAAGCAAUAGGCGUGGAUUCUCUGAAUGACAUGCUGGAUGCUAAACUUGUGAAUCCAAAGCAUAUAAUUCAGAAUGUGUAUAAUGUCAACAAACAGGGAGUUGUCAUUUUGGAAGAUAAAUCAAAGGAGCUUCCUCACUGGGUUCUCUCAGCAAUGAAGUGUCUUGCAAAUUGGCCGAGAUGUCCAGAUUUGAAACAGCCCACUUACUUGGGCUUUGAAAGAGAUGUUUUCAGAACCAUAGCAGAUUUCUAUGGCCAUAUGAAAGAGCCUCUUCUCACUUUCCAGUUCUUUGAUAUCUUUGUUAGUGUACUGGGACUUCUGCAGGAGGAAAAACUGGCUAUUGAAGCACUUCAGAUAUGCUGUCUUCUUUUGCCACCACCCAAUCGUCGAAAGCUACAGCUGCUGAUUACUAUGAUGGCCCGGAUCAGCUCAAAUAAGGAUCUACCACCACUUUCUGAUACAGUUGGGACAAGAACACUGAUGGUUCAGGCUUUUUCUCGCUGUAUUCUUUGUUCCAAGGAUGAAGUUGACUUGGAUGAACUACUAGCUGCUAAACUUGUGUCAUUCUUAAUGGACAAUUAUCAUGAGAUCUUAAAUGCUUCUCCUUCUUUGAAAGUUUCAGUAGAGGAACAUGUAGCCCAUCUCCAAAGGGUUCAGAUCAAAUAUCCAGGAGCUGAUACUGAUACAACUUUGCCUGCUCCAUCAUAUUGUCAUCAAAUCAGCACCAAUGAAUUUGAACACCAAAGAACAAAUGCCUGUCAAGGGCCACUGGCAGACUUGUUAGAAGAAAUUGCGACAAAUACAGAAAUGUCCCGCAAAGAGAAGAAGAAGAAGUUGAAACAGUUUCAGAAAUCCUAUCCUGAAGUAUACAAGGAGCGAUUUCCUACUCCUGAAAGUGAAGCAGUUCUAUUUCCAGAAAAAAGUAAACAGAAACCACUGUUGUUGCUAUGGGCAUUUAAAAAACCUUUCCAGCCAUUUCAUAGAACAAGAAGCUUCCGAAUGUAGGCCUGUAAAUAAGUAUUUGCCAGUAAUGGUCUGAUUUCAAAUGACUGGAAUUUUGUAAACUACUGAACACUUCUUAACAAGGGAAAAGAGCUGGGGCAGCAAACUGCUAUGCUGAGCCAUUAUCAGUAUUCUUAUUCAGAUUUAGUCAUGUUUAGAGCAGAGUCUGUAGCAUGAGUUGGCCAGAACUAAGGUUUUGUUGAUUUCAGUAGGUUAAAUUUAAGCAUAACUACAUCUGGCUUGAACCCCUUGUGCUUUUAUUAUUAUUAUUAUUUACGAAAAAGGCAAGGUUAGCUGACAAUGACCUGGUUUUGAAUAAUCAUACUUGAGUUUAAUAAGCAGAAAUAUGAAGAGAUAUCCUUAUCUGAACAUGAACUGCAGUUAAACCAGUCUGUAAGCAUUAUUCUAAACCUGGGAAACUAUGGUUAGCAGCUUCAGAACAAGUCAAAUUUUUAAGCCAUGAUUUGAAGAUCUUAGCUUGUUCCAAAGCUCAUAAACACAGUCUGAAAUCCUGUAAGUGAGUGCUUCUCAAAUUUUAGUCCACUAGCUGCUUUGGAUUUCAACUCCCAGAAGUUUGGGAGCUGAAAUCCAAAACAUCUGGAAGGCCAAAGACUGAGAACUACUACUAUAGGCAUAACCUCGCACUCUGUGCUUUUUAGGUCAUUAUGCCAGAAGGUAUGCAAUAAAACUGAACUUUUCCACUCUGCCACUCUUCUGGGCAGUGUCUGUCUAUAGUUCCACAGGUGAGAAAAGAUAGCAUCCUGUUAGAUGUUGGAGAAAAUUUUCUCUGUUCUU